AUCAAAAUUAGGCUAUCAAAAGAAACAUCACGUCGGAAACCUUGUAAGCAUUUAUACUGUAUGAGGAAAGAAAUUUACAAGUAAACUGUCUUACAGGGAGUAGGAUUUUGCAAUUCCCGUAAUCAAGAGUAGUCUGACAAACCCUAUAGUCUGAUUUAAAAACAACCCUGCUGCAACCAGAAGAGUCAAGGAUUUGAACAACACAUACAAACGCAAAAAAAAAAAAAAAACCAAAACAAAAAAACAAAACAAGUGAAGGCGUAACCAGAAAAGCACAGCUGAACCAAGGGCGGCAGUCUGAUGUGCUGCAAUGACCACUGGCGGUCCUUCCCCCACCAAAGAGCGCUCGGGGAGGCGCGCCCGCCGCGGCAGCUCCGGGCACAGCGGAGCCCGAGGGAGCGCGCGGCCGGCCGGGAGCGCGCGCCUCGAACGCGCCCCCACAGCGGCCCCGGGAGCGCGCCCCUCGGCCCGGGGCGGCGCUGCGGAGCCUCCCAUUGGCUGCCACGCCUGUCCAUCAGCGCUCGGGGCGGGGCCAGCGCCAGGCGCUCGUCAUCGCGGGGCGACGGCCGCGGCCCGGCCCGGCGUCAUGGCGGCGGCGGUGGCGCCCGGCCCGCUCCCGCCCGGAGCCCGCGCUCCGGAGGUCGACCCUGCGGCCUCGGAGGUAGCGAGCAGCGCCCUGCGCUGUCUGGCCGGGCUGGCGGGGCAGCUUAAUCUCGGAGAGGAUAUUGUGAAAGUUGUAAUCGAUUGGAGCAAGCUUCAGAGCACAUCAGCACUUCAGCCAGCCUUGCUCUUUAGUGCACUUCAGCAGCAUAUUUUAUGUUUGCAGCCUCUCUUGGAAAAACUCCAGUCAUUGAUGAAAGAGGAAAAUAUAGACCAUGUUGAGACUGCAGGUAAAACAGAAAGCCAAACAAGUUUAGAUGUUUAUGAUGGUAACAGUCAGACUGAAGAAAAAUAUGGAAGUUAUGACUUGAGAGAUCUGAAGGAUGCUCAUUUUAAUUUUGAUCCGGAAGUGGUCCAAAUAAAAGCUGGAAAAGCCGAAAUUGACAGGCGGAUAUCAGCCUUCAUCGAGAGGAAACAAGCCGAGAUCAAUGAAAAUAAUGUCAGGGAAUUUUGCAAUGUUAUUGAUUGUAAUCAAGAAAAUAGCUGUGCCAGAACAGAUGCAAUUUUCACACCCUAUCCUGGAUUUAAAAGUCAUAUAAAGGUUUCUAGGGUGGUAAAUACUUACGGCCCUCAGACUAGAUCUGAAGGAACACAUGGGUCCAGUCACAAAGCCAGCGUGCCCACGCAUGAUUGUGGAAACCAGGCUGUUGAGGAGAGGUUGCAAAACAUUGAAGCACACUUACGGUUACAAACAGGUGGUCCAGUACCAAGAGACAUUUAUCAGAGAAUUAAGAAGCUUGAAGAUAAAAUCCUUGAGCUGGAAGGACUGUCUCCUGAAUAUUUUCAAUCUGUAAGCUGUUCUGGCAAGAGGAGAAAGGUUCAAUCUCCCCAUAGCUAUUCACUGGCUGAACUUGAUGAAAAGAUCAAUGCUAUAAAACAGGCAUUACUGAGGAAAACAAAAGAAAGCAAGUCCAAGGAGGAUGAACAGCUUCUUCGAUGAAAGUAUUUUCAGAAUCCUCAUCAUGAUCUACACAUACCUAAACCUUACACAUACCAUAGACCUGAGUAGUGUUCAUCAGAGAUGACUAGCAGUGAAGACAAAACAUGCAUAUAAGCUCCUUCUGGAUGAUCGUGAAAGCUUUCUUUCGGAAUAACUUGCUUAGAAGCAGCCUUAUUAAUGAAAUACUUUAAAAUGAAGAAUGUUUCAGGAAUGUCAUUCUAAUAAUUCGUUCCCUUCUGUUAUAAAGGAGGACUGCAGCAUUGUCUGUAUGUGAAAAGUCUUAACCUGCACACAAAAGCUACAUCUCACAUGUAACCCUUGGUGACUAAGUAUUCAAAAGGACUAUCUUUUGGAUACUGUUCAUGUAAGUAGUUUGCAUAGACUUGUGAAAUUAAAUACUUCCUCAGAAAUAAACUGACUUGGAGAAAAAAAUUACCAAAACCUUGCAGAAUGCAUGCUUACCUGUGGGGUUUUUUCUGUAUUUAUCACUGUUUUCACUACUGUUAGAAAUGCAGCAAAUUGCAUUCCAGGUGUUUUUGGAAAUAGUAUACGUGUAAAUAAAAACAACUGUUCGUUCCUUUUUCUGUGUCUUGUGGGAAUUCAGAUUUCAUAACCUGUUCACAAACAAUGUAUUCUAAAAAACUAUCUGAGGGGAGAUUUUGAGGAACGUGCCAGCAGGGCACCAACUUCCCUUCCACAUGCAUGCUUACAUGACUUUUGAAGCAUGGAUGCUAGCUUAAAGUCAGACCUUUGGCCAAACGGUGAAGAGAGAUUGUGUUGUGACUUUUUGUUUGGGUUUGUUUGUUUGUUUUUAAUAAACCAUUUUCUAUUUAUACAAGU